AGACAGAGAGCACAGAAAGACAGAGAGUGAGUUGAUUAGUCAAAAAAAGACAGAGAGCACAGAAAAGGCAACGCAGAGGGAGUUAGAGAGAAUACAUACGAUACAUACGACGACGAUGGUAUCGUGGGAGCGGGUAAUAGAGAUAACAAAGUGGUCACAAGAGAAGAAGACGGAGGCUGUUGUAUGGUCGAUUGAGGUGAGCUCAUGUCUGAACACGGCGGGUGUGUCGUUACCGUCGGUGGAGCUGGCACACCGUCUGGUAACUCACAUAUGUUGGGAAAAUAACGUGCCGGCGACAUGGAAAUACCUCGAGAAAGCGAUGGAAGUGAGAAUGGUACCUCCUUUCCUGGUCCUUGCUCUUCUAUCCACCAAAGUAGUUCCCAACAGACAUCCAGUUCUCCACCCCGCCGCUUACUCUCUAUACCUACACCUCCUCAACAGACACGCAUUCUCUCUCUCUUCUCUAGUCAAUUCACCUAACUAUCCCUCUCUUAUGAAUUCCAUUCACCACGUUCUUAGUCUUUCACAACUUUAUGAUGAUUAUCAUCAUGAUGUUCCUUCUCACCCUCACCCUGGCGUUGCUCUAGUUCAAUUUCUUUUCACUCUUGUCUGGCAGUUACUCCAAGCAUCCUUACAAGACGAAGGCUUACUCCAACGCCACAAAUCCUUAUUAUUCGUCGAUCCCGGUCUCGAUCUCACUAUUGAAAAAUUGGAUAACCCCCACCACCUGCACGCUAAAAAUACCGCAACCGCAAUUCAAUUCAUUGCGCGCUUUCUUCAUCACAAACUCACUUCAAGGAUCCUCUCCUUAGUUCAACGAAACAUGUCAACGCAUUGGGGAGCUUUCGUUGAUGAACUUGAGCAGCUUGCGGCAAACUCCUUGAUUUUGAGGAGCUUGAAACAUUUAUCUCCAGAGUCAUUUUUUCCUUUGAAUUUAAAAUCGAACUGGCCUAUGUCUUGUGAACCUAAUAAUAAUAAGAAUAAUAAGAAGAACAUGAAGCUGAGUUCAAUGUUGGCUGCAAGUGCUAGUGCAAGUGCGGUCCAAUCUCAUAAUGAUAGUUCACUUUGGCUUCCCAUUGAUCUAAUACUGGAGGAUGCAAUGGAUGCUCAUCAUGUCAUGGCUGCCACUAUUGAACUUCUUACUGGGUUGGUGAAGGCUUUACAAGCUAUUAAUGGUACUGCAUGGCACAAUACAUUUUUAGGUUUAUGGAUUGCUGCACUGCGACUGGUUCAACGGGAGAGGGAUCCUAGUGAGGGUCCUGUACCUCGCCUUGAUACCUGCUUGUGUAUGUUAUUGUGCAUUACAACCCUUGUGGUUACUAAUCUUAUUGAAGAAGAGGAAGGUGAACUGAUUGAAGAAGCCGAGCGUAGCCCUACGAAUCAAAGGAAGGACAAGCCGGCUAUGGGAAAGCGUCGUGGGGAAUUGGUUACAAGUUUACAGUUAUUGGGUGACUAUCAGGAUUUACUCAAUCCACCUCAACCUGUUAUUUGGGUAGCUAAUCAGGCUGCUGCCAAGGCUAUCAUGUUUGUAUCGGGACAUAGUGGAUACUUGGAAUAUAUGAAUGUGAAUGACUUGCCCACAAACUGCUCUGGUAACCUAUGGCAUCUGAUUAUUGAGGCUUGUAUUGCGAGACAUCUGAUUGAUACCUCAGCUUAUUUUUGGCCUGGUUAUGUGGGUGCACCUUGCAAUCAACUACCUCGUAGUAUUCCUAACCAUUUGCCUAGUUGGUCAUCAUUGAUGCAGGGUUCACCAUUAACUCCUCCAUUGGUUAAUGCCUUAGUCGCAACUCCUGCUUCCAGCUUAGCAGAGAUUGAGAAAAUUUUUGAAUUUGCAAUCAAUGGCUCAGAUGAAGAAAAGAUAUCUGCAGCUACCGUUCUUUGUGGGGCAUCUCUAGUACGUGGGUGGAAUGUGCAGGUGAUCUCACUUUCUCAUAAUAUGAAAACCUUGUCUGGCUCAUUUCUUUCCUUUCAUGAUUAUAAUGACUGUCUUUGUUUGCAGGAACACGUCGUUUUUUUCAUCAUAAAAUUGCUUUCUCCUCCGGUUCCUACUAAAUACUCUGGGACUGAAAACCAUUUGAUUAGCUAUGCUCCAUUUUUGAAUGUCCUUCUAGUUGGAAUUUCACCUGUAGAUAGUGUUCACAUUUUCUCCCUACAUGGUGCGGUUCCAAUACUUGCUGCUGCACUAAUGCCAAUAUGUGAGGCUUUUGGAUCAUGUGUUCCUAGUGUUUCAUGGACUUCUGCAACUGGUGAAAAGCUCUCUUAUCAUGCAGUGUUCUCUAAUGCAUUUGUUCUCCUGCUGAGAUUAUGGCGGUUUAAUCAUCCACCUGUUGAACAUGUGAUGGGAGGUGCAGCAACUCCAGCAUUAGGAUUACAGUUAGGUCCUGAGUACCUUUUAUUGGUUCGGAAUAGUCUGUUUGCAUCCUUUGGGAAAUCACCAAGAGAUAGAAUAAAAAGCAGAAGAAUUUCAAAAAUGAUAAGUUUUUCUUCAGAGCCUGUAUUUAUGGAUUCCUUUCCAAAAUUGAGCACGUGGUAUCAGCAACAUCAAGAAUGUCUUGCAUCAACUCAAUGUGCUCUUGUUCCUGGAGGGUCUGUUCUUCAGAUUGUUGAUGCACUCCUAAGCAUGAUGUGCAAGAAAAUAAAUAAAAGUGCUCAAUCAUUGACAUCUACAACUUCAGGAAACAGCAACUCUUCUGGUUCUUCAUUGGACGACGCUUUGGUGAAACUCAAAGUGCCAGCAUGGGAUAUCCUUGAAGCAGCUCCAUUUGUUCUUGAUGCUGCACUUACAGCUUGUGCUCACGGAAGACUCAGUCCCCGUGAACUGGCUACAGGUCUAAAAGAUAUUGCUGAUUUUCUUCCGGCAUCUUUGGCAACCAUUGUAAGCUAUUUAUCAGCUGAAGUAACACGUGGUGUAUGGAAACCAGCCUUUAUGAAUGGAACCGAUUGGCCCAGUCCUGCUGCUAAUUUAUCCAUUGUCGAGCAACAAAUCAAAAAAAUUCUGGCAGCCACGGGUGUUGAUGUUCCAAGCCUCGCAAUAGAUGGGAAUGCUCCAGCUACACUUCCUUUGCCUUUGGCGGCUUUUCUAAGUCUUACAAUAACCUACAAACUUGAUAAAUCUUCUGAGCGCUUUCUUGUUUUGAUUGGCCCUUCUUUGAUCAACCUUUCUGCUGGUUGCCCCUGGCCUUGCAUGCCCAUUGUAGGUUCUUUGUGGGCUCAGAAGGUGAAGCGUUGGAGUGACUUUUUUGUAUUCUCUGCUUCUGGAACUGUCUUCCACCAUAGCAGGGAUGCUGUAGUUCAGCUCCUAAAAAGUUGCUUUAUGUCUACUCUUGGACUUGGUUCUUCCUGUAUUUAUAACAAUGGUGGUGUUGGUGCCCUCCUUGGUCAUGGAUUUGGUUCUCACUUCUUAGGAGGGAUCUCUCCAGUUGCUCCUGGAAUUCUCUACUUGCGAGUUUACAGGUCUAUUAGAGAUGCUAUGUUCUUGACAGAAGAAAUUGUAUCUCUUCUAAUGCUUUUGGUUAGAGAUAUAGCAAGUGGUGGGUUGCCCAACGGUGAAGCGCACAAGCUAAAGAAGACUAAAUAUGGAAUGAGAUAUGGACAGGUUUCUCUUGCUGCAUCGAUGACACGUGUCAAGCAUGCUGCCCUUCUUGGGGCUUCUUUUCUUUGGAUAUCUGGUGGCACAAGUUUGAUUCAAUCUUUGAUAACAGAAACUCUACCUUCAUGGUUUUUAUCGGCCCAAGGGGUGGAGCAGGAAGCGGGAGAAUCUGGGGUUGUGGUUGCCAUUCUUAGAGGUUAUGCUCUGGCAUGUUUUGCUGUACUUAGUGGGACAUUUGCUUGGGGUAUUGACUCUUCAUCAACAGCAUCUAAACGACGACCAAAGGUUAUUGGGAUUCAUCUAGAAUUUCUUGCAAAUGCUCUAGAUGGGAAAAUAUCACUUCGUUGUGAUUGUGCAACUUGGCGUGCCUAUGUGUCCGGGUUUAUGAGCUUGAUGGUGAGUUGCACGCCACUAUGGAUCGAGGAACUCGAUGUAGGCAUGUUGAAGAGAGUGAGCAUGGGAUUAAGACAGUUGAAUGAAGACGACUUGGCUCUGCAAUUAUUAGAAAUCAGAGGGGCAAGCCUCAUGGGUGAGGUAGCUGAAAUGAUAAGCCAAAAUGGAUUUUAACUGGUCAGAACUUUGGAACAUGGUGCAUUGAGCUUGCGGAUCCGAACUUGUUGGUUGCAAGGAAUCUCUAACUGUAAGGAAUCUAGAUCCCAGACAUGCUACUAGUUAUGUACAUAAUGUAAAUUUCUUAAAUUCAUAUUUUCCGUUGAAUUUUGAGCAGUUACAUUUAACCAACCGUAUAAACAAUUAAAUCAUAGCAAGUAUUACGAUAAAAGAUUUUGUCGUUCUGUAGAAAAACCAAAAAAAUUGUUGUAGGUCAUGUGACUAAAUUUUGCGGCAAUAUUUUUGUUUUUUAUAUAAAA